UUUUCAUUUCUUUAUAAACAAUAAAAAUGCAAACUCUAUUGGCGUUUGUAGUGCUAAUUCACCUUAGGCCGCAGUUUGCCCAGCCGCUGGCCGCCAGCUAUGAUUACGAUAGCGGUGGCGAAUAUUCAGAUUCCGAAACAGUAUUGUCGCACUUUCGACCAUUUCACAGUAUAAGGCAUCAGCACCAUUUUGAAGUUGAUAAGACCGAAAUUGCUAAAGACUUAUCAACAACUGCAGGCGUAACUGAAAGUUGGAGCAUUCGUCAGCAUUUACACAAUCAAUAUCAAAGUAGGCAUAAACAUUCAGAAUCAAGGAUGCAAACACAGCUGGAAAAUCAUCUUCACUUUAAUCGCAAUAGUCGUGAUCAGCAUCGGCGCUAUAAGGAUAAAGUACUUCGCACUCAAACUCAAAAAAACUCAAUACAUGCUUGGCGUGAGACGGCUGCGGGUGGAAUGGGACUGAUUAAGCCGACACCGCAUCCUACAUAUGUGACAAAAAAAUCGACUCACACAAUUACCUUUGACGAGGUUAACGAAAGCACUCAAAAUUAUUACCAUCAAAGGAAAAUACGGCAGCAGCUACAUUACAAUCAUCACAAAAUUCAAUCAAAAUCAAAUUCCAGUGGCGCAAAGCGCACAGCGCCAUCAGCUAAUGACAUUCAACUGAACUGGCAUGCGAAGUCGAAACAUGUUGGCCACAAUGGAGAGGUGUAUGUGGAAGAGUCACCUUUUAGUUCAAGCAGUCACAUCAACGAAGAUGCUGAUAACGCUACGGUAUAUGUGGAGGAACAUUCGGAGUCAGUAGGCACUAGUACGGAUAAUAUUAUAGGUAUAAUCUUAGAGUCUGAUAGUAGCCACAUGCCUACAGAGACUAGCAGUGAAAAAAUUACUGAGUACGGCGAUGAUGAUGAUGAAUAUUAUGAUUAUAACAGCGAUGGUGAGUCCAAAACGGGCCAACACGUUUACGAACACGCAUUUGCGCCCGUCGACAUUGGCUACGAUUAUGACAACGGCUUUGAUGGUAAUGCUACUGAAUACGAUUAUCAGCAUUCUCGCCAGUAUCAACAGCAGCCACUAUCUCAAAGCCGUCUGCAACAUCGCCGCAAACAGCCGCCACAACCGAAAAAAUAUCAAGGCGAAUACUCCCGAGAAACACGUGAUCACCAUCGUGUACAAUCACAUCCGUUUUCAAGCAACCAUUUGACAUACGACUCUCACGCAGAUGAUG